GACGUCACAGGUUUAAAGCGAAAGUAAAAAGUUCCGCGUUUCCAUCCGCCAUUUUAUAGAGAUGGGAUGAGUUGGUUCGUCACCACACCGAUCAUCAAACGGAUUAAUAUAAGGUUUAUGAAAUCAGAUUCAGGUAUUGUCUCGUGUGUAGUUGAUGUUAAAGCUGGAGGAUUUUGAGGACGUGAAUCCAGACAGAUUUAUCAGUUGUGGAGAUCAGAUUGAUCAGAUUCACCUCUGCAGCUCCAUCAUGAAUCAAACACAAACAUCAACACAUGAAGAUUUUUCUCCAGGAUGCAGUUCAGAUCAUCAGAAGAGCUCAGAUCCAGAGAUCAGUUGUGUGUCUAUGAAGAGUGAUGGGUCUAUGAAUCCACCAAUAAACUUUAAGAAUGAAUCAACAUCUCCUGCUGUCAGAUCAGUUCAUCUGAAGAGAAAGAGAUCAGAUCCAGAGAUCAGUUGUGUGUCUAUGAAGAGUGAUGGGUCUAUGAAUCCGCCAAGGAACUUUAAGAAUGAAUCAACAUCUUCUGCUGUCAGAUCAGUUCAUCUGAAGAGAAAGAGAUCAGAUCCAGAGAUCAGUUGUGUGUCUAUGAAGAGUGAUGGGUCUAUGAAUCCGCCAAGGAACUUUAAGAAUGAAUUCACAUCUCCUGCUGUCAGAUCAGACCAUCAGAAGAGAUCAGAUCCAGAGUUCAGUUGUGUGUCUAUGAAGAGUAAUCGGUCUAUGAAUCCGCCAAGGAACUUUAAGAAUGAAUCAACAUCUCCUGCUGUCAGACGAAUAACAGAACCUGACUGUCAGAGGAGGAAGAUUGAACAAUCUGAUAAUAAACCACAAGACUUCAAUGAAAACCUGAGUCCUCAUUUCAGUCAUGACUCUGAUCUUACUGAAGUCCUGAACACAUUCAGAUCAAAUCUGAGGAAGAAGUUUGAGUGUUUGUAUGAGGUAACAUCAAAUAAGAGAAACCCAACACUACUGAAUGAGAUCUACACAGAGCUCUACAUCACAGAGAGUGAAAGUGGAGAGAUCAGUAAUGAACAUGAGGUGAGACAGAUUGAGACACAAUCCAGAAGAACAACAACAGAGGAGACACCAAUCAAAUGUAAUGACAUCUUUAAACCUUUACCUGAACAAGACAAACACAUCAGAAGUGUGCUGACAAAGGGAGUCGCUGGCAUUGGAAAAACAGUCUCUGUACAGAAGUUCAUUCUGGACUGGGCUGAAGAGAAAGAGAAUCAGGACGUCCACCUCAUAUUUCCACUUCCUUUCAGAGAGAUCAAUUUGAUGAAGAACAAAACACUCAGUCUUUUAGAUCUUCUUCAUCUUUUCUUCCCACAAACAAAAGAAAUGGAAAUCUUCAGUGAUAAAUAUAAAGUGUUGUUCAUCUUUGAUGGUUUGGAUGAGUGUCGUCUGUCUCUGGAUUUUCACAGCAGUGCGAGGUUGUGUGAUGUAAGUGAAUCAACCUCAGUGGACGUGAUGCUGACAAACCUCAUCAAGGGGAAUCUGUUUCCCUCUGCUCUCAUCUGGAUCACCUCCAGACCAGCAGCAGCUGAUCUCAUCCCCUCUGAGUGUGUUGAUCGAGUCACAGAGGUACGAGGCUUCACUGAUCCACAGAAGGAGGAAUACUUCAGGAAGAGAAUCAGUGAUGAGAGUCUGUCUGAUCAAAUCAUCUCACACCUGAAGUCAUUCAGGAGUCUCUACAUCAUGUGUCACAUCCCAGUCUUCUGCUGGAUUUCAGUCACUGUUCUAGAGAGAAUGUUGAGUGAAGCAGAGAGAAGAGAGAUCCCCAAGACUCUCACUCAAAUGUACACACACUUCCUGAUCAUUCAGACAAACAUCAAACAUCAGAAGGACUAUGAGAAGAAAGAUGAAGACAUGAUCUUCAAACUGGGGAAACUGGCUUUUAAGCAGCUUGUGAAAGGCAAUCUGAUCUUCUAUGAUGAAGACCUGAGAGAGUCUGGCAUUGAUGUAGCAGAAGCAUCAGUGUACUCAGGAUUGUGUACUCAGAUCUUCAGAGAGGAGUUUGGUUUGUAUCAGGGGAAAGUUUACAGCUUUGUUCAUCUCAGCAUCCAGGAACAUCUAGCAGCUCUUUAUGCUCACAUCUCCUUCACAAACAACAACACAAAUUUGUUUAGUAAAAUGAAGGAACAAACUGAAAGAGAGAAGAUUUCAGUGUCUGAUCUGUAUGAGAGAGCUGUAGAUGAGGCUCUAAAGAGUAAAAACGGACGUUUUGAUAUUUUUCUUCGUUUUCUUCUGGGUUUGUCAGUGAAUCAGAAUCUCUUACGAGGUUUGAUGACACAGACAGAUCAAAGCUCUCACAGCAAUGUGAAAACAGUUGAGUAUAUCAAGAAGAAGAUCAGAAGCACUCGAUCUCAUGAGAAAUUCAUCAAUCUGUUUCACUGUCUGAAUGAACUGGGUGAUGAUUCACUGCUGCAGGAGAUUCAACAUUAUGUGAAAUCUAAAACAUUAAGUGAAGCCAAACUCUCUUCAUCUCAGUGGUCAGCUGUAGUUUUUGUGUUGUUGACAUCAGAACAGAAGAUGGAUGAGUUUAAUAUUAAUAAUUUUGUUAGAGGAAAAAAACAAGCUGAAACACUGAAAGUUCUUAAGAAGCUGUCGCCUGUGAUUUGUGAAUCCAGAUCAGUUCAGUUGAGUUACUGUAAUAUCACAGAUGAAGGUUGUGUUGCUCUGACUUCAGCUCUGAGAUCAAACCCAUCACACCUGAGAGAACUGAAUCUGUCUAAGAAUAAUCUAAGAGAUUCAGGAGUGAAGCUGAUAUCUGAUGUACUGAAGAAUCCUGACUGUAAACUGGAGAUACUGAAGUUGAGUAAGUGUAAUAUCACAGAUGAAGGUUGUGUUGCUCUGACUUCAGCUCUGAGAUCAAACCCAUCACACCUGAGAGAUCUGGAUCUGUCUUAUAAUAAACUCACAGAUUCAGGAGUGAAGCUGAUCUCUGAUGUACUGAAGAAUCCUGACUGUAAACUGGAGAUACUGAGGUUGAGGAGGUGUAAUAUCACAGAUGAAGGUUGUGUUGCUCUGACUUCAGCUCUGAGAUCAAACCCAUCAAACCUGACACAUCUGGAUCUGUUUGAAAAUAAUGUCACAGAUUCAGGAGUGAAGCUGAUCUCUGAUCUAAAAGAUGAUCCACAUUAUAAACUACAGACAGUACGGGCCAGACGACCUACAGCAUCAGCUCCCAAGUCGUUCCCGUUCGCACUUCCGGUUGUCCCACGGCACACCCACGCUUCCCUUCACAGUGGGGCCAGGUACCUUUAACACACUCAGAAUACACACUAGCAGCCUUUUGUCAAUACAGCAUACACAUGCAACAGCGAUUACUCACUCGUUGUUUGAUCUCACAACCUGUUCGUACUUCCGGUUGUUCCACGGCUCACCCACGCUUCCCUUCACAGUGGGGCCAGGUACCUUUAACACACUCAGAAUACACAAUAGCAGCCUUUUGUCAAUGCAGCAUACACAUGCAACAGCGGUUACUCACUCGUUGUUUGUGCUCACAACCUGGGGUUUCACUGCACUCAUUGAUUCUGAAUCAUCACAUCCACAAGUAAAUCUGUCCACAAAUCUCUUCACCUAGUCACCUUUUGCCUCUUUUCUUCCCCAAGGGAUCGACGUGGAUCACUACGGCGGCUUCCACAACAGCAAACCCAGCGUGCACAAAGUACACCUACAGCACACAUCUGAUGUCUUCAAAGGCCUUUUUGUACUCUGCUUUCUCCUCUGAUCAGCCUAUCAGGAAUCGCUGUGUCAAUCGCCCCCACCUGCGUGUAAUUUGGCUUGAUUUAGCGUUCGGGGAAACCCCGGAAAUCCCGAUGUUUAGAGUUAGUUGUCCGGGCGGAACCCAUCUUUCACACUUUUGGUUCCGCCCUCACAGACCGUCACCUGGUGACACAUACAUGCACGCGCACACACACCACACACACCACACACACACACACACACACACAAUACAGUGCCCUCCAUAAGUAUCAGAACAGUAAAGACAAGAUUUUUAUGUUUGCUGUAGAGAACAGAAAUUGGUAAGAUAAAUAUCAGUAUGUCAGAAGUUUAGAAUGUCACAUUUUAUUAACCUUUGUUAAUGUUUCAACACAUACAUGCUUUACCAACAGAGAACAACAGCAUUAAAUGAUGACGUAUGUGUGUUGAACCCAAAUGCACAUAAGUGAAUCAAACUGAUCCUACACAUUUUAUGUUUUUCAUGUGCAAACAAUCAGGACACAGCUCAUCACUUCAACAAUUCUAAACCAAUGGUCUCAAUAUGCCCACAUUAUAGGAAUACAAAUGUGCUGUUCCAUUGAGUUGGAAUAUUGUCUAUGUUAAAACAGGUUAAAAAAAUAAUGUGACAGAUUCUGUACUUUUGUAUAAUGUUCAUCUUUUAAUAUUUAGACAUUUCUUGAUUCCACAGCAAACAGAGGAAUACUUAUGAAGGGCACUUCUACAGUAUGUAUGUGUAAACCUGCAACAUACACAAAUAGUACAGAAUAAAAAAUACAAACACAGAAUAGACAAGCAUUUCAAAUUAACA